GUCCUAGAUGUGAAACUUCACGUGAAGCUGCACUCCGGCCUCCAAUUGCAAUGACGGUGCCGGGACAUUCGUGACUCAUUAAUUCUCAACGAGUAUUAAUAAAAAAAGUAAUUAUUUCAUGAUUUAACGGGAGAUGAUGCUCGAUAUUGAGACAAUAUCGCAAUUAAUUAGCAAUCAGAUUAAUGGCAUUGGUGACUGGUGGUGGUGGUACGUCAAGGAGAUAUCAUGGCAAUUAAUUCUAGCACCAAUUGCUUAUCUACUCGUAUGUAUAUUUAUUUAUCAAUUGCUGAAGAGGGUUUGUCAUCGGGCAUGGCAAUUACCAGGACCACCAGGCAGACUUCUCCUCGUUACAGCCCAUCCAGACGAUGAGGUCAUGUUCUUUGGACCAAUGAUAUAUUGGCUUACUAAACUGAGGAAUAGCAAUGUUUAUUUGCUGUGCUUCACCACUGGUGGACACAGACGGCGAAAACAGGAGCUGUGGUCUUGCGCAAAGAUCAUGGGGAUUCCUGAGGGUAAUGUAACUAUUUUAAUGAAUUCAGAGCUACCUGAUGACCCAAAAGUACAAUGGCCGGGAGUAGUUGUAGCAGAGCAUAUUUUGCAAUAUAUUGAGACAUAUAAGAUAAAUGCAGUAGUUACCUUCGAUAAACAUGGCGUGAGCGGACAUAGAAAUCAUAUAUCGUUGUUUUAUGCCGUUGCAUCGUUGUGCAUCGAAAAGAAAAUACCCUCCUAUUGCAAACUGUACAUUCUCGAAUCUGUUAAUUUGAUAAGGAAAUACGUUCAACUCUUGGAUCUACCAAUCAGUCUGUUGACAUCUUCCUAUUGGUAUUUGGUGACUUACGAACAGCGUAAACUUAUUCAUAGGGCAAUGGCAGCCCACAAAUCGCAAUACGUAUGGUUUCGCAAGCUCUACAUGCUCUUCUCCAGGUACACAUUCAUCAACACCCUCCAGGAGGUGAACGCCCUGGACCUGGAGCUUGACUUCCAGUAUGAUGACUAUUAAACCAAAUUUUUAAUAUGUUUAUCCUAAGCUGUAAAUAGACCAAAUAAACCAAAAAUUUCUGUAUA